GACACCAUUUGAUUUCUCCAUACAUGACAUGCCCUACCUGAGGAGGUGGUGGUGCACAGUGUUAAUGGAGAAUCUGGAGAUCGAGGGGCAUGGAAGAAGAUUCGCACAUUUCACAGAGGAGGGCAGAAAGACGGCAGACGGUAGUGUGGCACCUGUUUUCCGUGUGCCACGAAAAAGGAAGCUGGACACUAUGGAUGGUAAUGGGCAGGUAAUAGUUGGGCCACCAGCAGCAACAUCAGCAGCUCCUACAGCCCCAACAGCAGCUCCAACAGUCCAGUGUGACAGCUGUGUCUCCAUUGAACAGAGAGAAGAGAGUUUCAGUGAAUUAGAGGACUUCAAUGAAGAAUGUGAGGACACAAGUUGUGAGGAAAGAGAAGAGCGUUUGCGUGAGAUACAGGAGCUCAGCAAAGACUACCAGAACACUAAAUGGCUCUUCGAAGAGGCAAAAAAGGCAGCAGACUGGUUGAAUGAAAACAGUGGGCUGAUAAAAAAUAAAUAUUGGCUGCCACGGGUGUUGGACAUGGAGGCGGAAGAGCAGGAGGAGGUGCUGGCCAGACAGUUUGAAAACAUGAAUUUGUUCACAUUUCAAUUUACCACCGUCCAAGAUCACGAAACAUUUUCUAUUCAUGUACGGGACGAACUUCACAUUCGGGCAAUGACAUCCUUUGUCCAAAGAUCGUUUCCAAAUGAAAAAUAAAAAACUCAAAUAACAUUGA